UUAGGUGACUGAUAAGUGUGCUUAACAUAAACAAUAAUGCCAAUCUUGGAAUGUCAAUAGUAAUUAUGUUUCAGCAAUUGCAUACUCUGCCUAGAUUAAAUGUUAUACCAAAUUAAAGCUUCGAGAAAAAUCGUUUUAUUCAUAUAAAUUACAGUUUAUCUCUACAGUGUAUAAUAUUAUCACUGAUACUUAUUCAAUAUUCUCUUUUAAAAUAUCUUUUUAAGCUGAGUAUCAUAAAACAAUGGAAAAUAGAAAGCAUUUUCUUCAAGAACUUUUAGAAGUAAAAUUAUAUUUUCAUAAUCAAGAAAAGACUGGAAAUAUUUUUAAAAAGUGUUCAGAAGUUUCAGAAAGAGCUAGAAAAGAUGGAAACCAAUUAUAUAUUAAAAAACACAACAAACAAAUUCAUCAAGACAUACUUUCACUGUAUACAAAAAGUAUUGCCUUUGCACCUACAGGUAGUGAAAAAUUAGCUUUAGGCUACAGUAAUAGAUCUGCUUUAUUAAUACAUCUGCACCAUUAUGAGGAAUGUAUUAUUGACAUUGCCAAAGCUUUAGAAUGCACCAAGUCUGAGGAAUUGAAAUCUAAACUGAAUGACCGUAAAAAAAAAUGUCUUAGAUUUAUCAAAGAAAGAAAAACAAAACUAGCAGAAGAGGCAUUACACAAAUCAGUUAAAAGUUUAAAUCUUUAUGAUGAAGAAAUUGUUGAUACAGUACUUGAACUACCAAACAUAAUAAAUUCUGUAAAGACUCUCAGAAUUACAAAGUCUGUUACAUUAAAGUAUAAUAAAAUGUAUGGUAGACAUUAUAUAGCAAACAAAGAUAUAAAGCCUGGAGACAUAAUAAUAGCGGAAAAGACAUAUGCUUGUUUUCCAAAAUUGGAUCAAAUAUAUCUUGUUUGUUCUCAUUGCUUGAGUUUUACAUGGGUAGGAAUUCCAUGCGAUUUUUGUGUUUUUUCAAUUUAUUGUAGUGAAGCUUGUAAAAAAGUGGCCAGAAAAGAAUAUCAUGAUAUUGAAUGCUCUGUGCUACCUUGUCUGUAUACUGAUACUGAUUUAUUUAGAACAGGAAUGCGCCUUGCAACAAGAAUGAUUAUUAAAGCUGUAAAAGCAGAAGGCUUUCAAAAUGUAAUAAACUUAGCUAAGACUGUUAAUAAUGAUGACAAUGGUACAGAAAGAAUGUUACUGGAUAUUAGUUUAGGUGAAAGUAAAUUUGGAACUUGUUAUAAUUUGCAAAGUUUUCCUAACAGAAGACAAAGUAAUUAUGAUACAUUUUCUGAAGGAGUGAUUAUAUAUUUGUUGUUUCAGUAUACAAAUAUUAUUUACAAAGAAAAACCAGACAUAAUGAAUAUAUCUGAUGAUAAUAUUUUUAUUCUCAAAAAUAUAUUAAUGAAGCUUGGAGAUAUUAUUAACUUGAAUCAGUACUGUUUUCAAUCAGGCUGUACUUGUCCAAAUAUACUGAAUGAAUGUCAAAAUGACUGUAACUUUCCUAAAGGUCAUUUUAUUGCACCAUUUAGUAGUCUAGUUAAUCACAGUUGCAUUCCAAAUACUUUAAUGCUGAAUCUACCACAACGUACAGUAGUUCUGUUCGCUACUCAAACAAUUAAAAAAAAUGAGCAAAUUUUCUAUAGCUAUGGUCCCCUACUAGAUGGAAAAGAUAUGUUAGAUAGAAAUAGCUUCUUACGAGACCAUUAUUAUUUUACUUGUAAAUGCACAGCUUGUAAAGAAAAUUGGUCAUUUAAUUAUAAUUUGACAUUAAAUAAAAGUGAUUCUGUUAGUUGGACAAAGCUCUUAUUGGAAUUUCAACAAAUGUUGUUUGCUGCUAAAGAAUUCAAGGAAAAUCAGUUUAUCAAUAAUCAGUCCCAUGAUUGGCAACAAAUUGAUGAAGUAUCAUUACAUCAAGCUUUAAAACUCAGUGAAUUAGUUUACAAACACUUUAAAAAUCAAGCAGCUUUUAAUUAUAAUAUUCGAUUUAGGAGAUAUGUUAGAAAAGCUUUAUACAUAUUGUAUGGUGAGAAGUAUGACAUGCCUAAUCAGUGUUAAAAAUGUGCACUGCAUUUUUAUGGUAUUUUUAUUAAGUUUACUUGAAAAAUGUAUUUAUUUUUAAUCAAAUACUUUUACAAUUGAAUUUUAGAAAAAAAUUUAAAUUGAGAAUCUUUUCUUAAGAAAAAUGAAAAGUAUAUUUAAUUUUUUACAUCUCGUAUUUUAUAAAUGUGUAUUUAUUUAAAAAUUUUGAAAAGAAUGAACUAAUUCGUGAAUUUGACUGCGAUUAACAACUUACUACGGUUAGUUAAGUAAAUCAUUUAAUUAUCAAUAAGUAAGAAUAAAUAGAACUAUUUCAAUGCAUAUUUCAAUGCAUGCAGAUACUUGUGCUUUGACAAAAUGAAUCUGAAAAUAUUUAUCAUUAUUGGAUGUAUUAUUGAAUGUUAUCAAAAUGUCAAUAAAAUAAAAUGUUUACUUAAUCAUUUACUCGCAUUGAAACUCGAGGAAAUAGAAAUAUUAAUUUUGUUAUUAUUUAAAUAUUGAUAACAUUGAGACUAUAAAAAAUGUCUAAAUUAUAAUAAUUAUUUUUGCAUUUUUGAGCUUUUAUAAUUACACGGAAAGUCCACCAGACCAACUUAUAUUUGGCUUUUGGUAGUUGGCGUUCACUUACUGUAAACUAUAGGCAUGUAUGCGUUUAAAAAUUCGAGUUGAAAAAAAUCACACGAGAAAUCACGUGAUUUCUUACGUGAUUUCGUGGGAAAACGUGAUAUCACGUGAUAAAUCACCUCGGAAAAAUAAUAUUCGGAACUAUGAGAUGUCACGAAAAUUUAGAACCCAAACAACGCGAUUUAGACCAGCCCUAGACUCAAUGAAUUCAAUUGCAUUCGAAUUAUAGACUCGCUUCACUCAGGCGUAAACGCCACACGAGACAAGAAUCUACUUUCCCGCACUUGUAUCGUAACGUACUAUUCUCGCACUAGUAUCGAAGUGUAUGGUAAUUUUAAAAAUAUUGUGUUCUCGAUGUCGAAGUUUCAGAAUCAUGGAGAAAAUGUAGACAUCGAUUAAAUUCAUUAUUAAUGUGCUAUUGGUCUAUUUGUUGAUAUACAUACGCGCGCGCCCGUGUGUGUACAAUUAUAAACUACAAUUAGAGUCAAUAUAAAUGUGUAUGGUUUUCCAGGCUGAUUUGGAAACAAAACCAAGCUAUAUUACACAACACAGGCUGUUGCAGUUCUUUCAAAGGGAAUUAUAGCUUAGGGCUACCUGCAAGUGAAGUACUUUGUAAAAACAAAUUUUACUUUCUUUAGCAUACAGAGAACUUUUUAAUUUUCCAAUGGAAAUCUCACUUUUUGGUGAAGUGUUGUUAACAUCAACGCGUUAGAAAUAUACGCUGAGAUAUACCGUUAUAAGUGGUAUUUAAAAAGAACUUGUUUCUCCGGUAAAGUCGGAUAUUUUAUCGCAUACGGGUAUUAAUUCAAUGCAUUCAAUUCCUGUACAUUAUGAUACACUUAUAUCGUAAUGUACUAUUACUUUCCGACGUAUUUAUUAAUUUUCCGAACUUACAAAAAGUAGAUUAUAUGAAGCACACGUUCGCAAUGUUAUGUUGCAAAAUGUAUCGGAAG